GGGAUACUCUUUCCACAGCUCUGUUGUAGGAAUGAUUGAUAAGAAACUGGCACUGGCUUAGUGUGAAUUAAUAAAAGGAAACAGUUUUCUCCCUUUGAAUUUAUCUCUUUAAAGUCUUCUCUUAAGGAUCGCCUGUUCACACUCAAUGGCUUUUCAGGAGCUCUUGGAUCAAGUUGGUGGCCUGGGGAAAUUCCAGAUCCUUCAGAUGGUUCUAAUUGUUCCCUUUUUGGUGAUGACAGCAUGUCAAAUGUUUUUGGAGAACUUCACUACAGCCAUUCCUGGUCAUCGCUGUUGGGUGCACACCCUUGACAACGACACAGUUUCUGAUAAUGAUAGUGGGAUCCUUAGCCCUGAUACCCUCCUGAGAAUCUCCAUCCCACUGGACUCAGACUUGAGGCCAGAGAAAUGUCACCGCUUUAUCCAUCCCCAGUGGCAGCUUCUUCAUCUGAAUGGAAGUGUCACCAACAUGACUGAGCCAGACAAAGAGACCUGUCUAGAUGGCUGGGUAUAUGACCAAAGCUCCUUCCCUUCCACCAUCGUGACUGAGUGGGAUCUAGUAUGUAAUUAUCAGUCACAGAAAUCAGUUGUUCAAUCCCUAUUCAUGGCUGGAAUGCUGGUGGGAGGCCUCAUAGGUGGUCAUCUCUCAGACAGGUUUGGGAGAAAGUUGAUUCUCAGGUGGUGUCUCCUACAGCUUACCAUCGUUGGGACCAGUGCAGCUUUUGUUUCCAACUUUCACAUUUACUGCUUACUCCGCUUCUUGUCUGGCUGUUCUUCCAUCAUCAUCCUGGCAAAUGAUGGUAUGCUCAUCACAGAGUGGAUAAGGCCUCCAUCUAGAGUAAUGGCAAUAACAGUGAUAUCCUGUGCCUUCAGUGUGGGACACAUACUCUUGGGAGGACUGGCAUUUGUCUUUCGAGAGUGGCGCACUCUGCAGCUGGUGGUGUCUGUACCUUUCCUUGUCUUCUUUUUCUCUUCCAGGUGGCUGGUGGAAUCUGCUCGGUGGCUGAUUAUCAACAAUAAACCAGAGGAGGGCUUAGAGGCACUAAGAAAAGUUGCAUACACAAAUGGAAUGCAGAAUGCUGGAGAUGCCCUGACAAUGGAGGGUUUGAGAUCCAGCAUGCAGGACGAGCUGGAGGCAGCACAGACCAAAGUUACCAUUUGGGAUUUGUUCCACACCCCCAUCCUGCGUAAGAGAACCUGUAUCCUAUUAUUUGUGAGAUUUGCAAUCACAAUACCCUUUUAUGGCAUCAUGAUCAAUCUACAGCACAUUGGGAGCAAUAUUUUCCUGUUCCAGGCGAUCUUUGGGGUCCUCACUGCCGUUAUCCGAUGUCUUCCUCUUUUAGUACAGAAUCAUAUGGGCCGUCGAACAACCGAGGCACUUUUCAUGUUCCUGGUGGGACUUUCUGUUUUGGUCAACACGUUUGUGCCCCAAGAAAUGCAGACCCUGCGUGUGGCUUUGGCAAGCGUGGGAAUCAGCUGUGCUGCUGCUUCUGUCACUAGUUUUGGUGUCCACAUUUUUGAGCUCAUCCCCACAGUCCUCAGGGCACGAGCUUUAGGAUUAGAAACAGUGGCUAGUAGGUGUGGGGCAACGCUGGCUCCCCUCUUGAUGAUGCUAAUGGAGUAUUUUUCCAUUUUGCCCUGGAUCAUCUACGGAGUCUCGCCCAUUAUUGCUGGUCUUGCUGUCUUCUUCCUACCUGAAACAAAAAAUCUGCCUCUGCUUGACACCCUCCACGAUGUGAAAAAUAACAAAGAAUUCUCAAGAAAGGCACUGCUCACUUCACUCCUCAAGGUCUCCUCACUUCAACUUGUGGAAGCCCGACAGCAUCCCCAACUCUGACCCCUCGUGCCUCCGGCUCUCCUCUCCUUAGACCCUUCCUUCAAGCAAGCUGUUGUGCCUGCUGAUGUAUCCUUUUGGGGACACCAGAGCUAAGGACAGGGAUCACCCAAAGGCUUCCCGAAUUUCACCUCCCACCGUGAAAAAAACUCUGACUACCCUGGCCUCACCCACACGAGGCUCUGCUCUGUGAGACUGGAAACUCCACAGAGUCAGGGGUAGGAACGGUAGGAUACCAAGUAGGAUGCCGAUCCCAUUCUGUCUGUGCCUUUUGAAACUGCCACGUGCCCCCUAGUAGAACCCUGUGGACUUGGCCAUGUUGUGUGAAGUACCUUUUCUCCAUGUUGUGCUUGGGACUCAAGUCAAUGAAUGUGGUUGCUCACUUUCUCAGGAAAUGUGAAAGUGGAAAUGCCAAGUGAAUCCUUGAGACUCACUGGCCAUCUUGCUAUCUUUCUAGGUAAGUGUACAGUCUGGCUUUAGAGGAGGUCCAGGUUCCAUAUCCAGUCGUUUCUCCUCCAACUUAGAACACUGCCUCUCAUGUGUGUGUACUCGCCGCUGAGAACCCAGCUACUUACGUCAGUGAGGGGAAAGUGGCAGAGGAGAACCUCACUUCUUACUCUGACCUUUACACCCAAACUCUGCCUUUCUCCUGUUGCUCAGCAUGGCCUUCUCCUGCCCAAAGCCAACCCCUUCAUUUUCACAAGGGGUCUCGCUUCCUCAUCUCUGCUCAACGACUUGACUGCCAUCAUCUUUCUUUUGCUACAAAACUCUCAUGAGUCAUUCUGCUUCCUGUUCUCCCUCCUGUCCCAUUCUUUGUAUUUAAAAAUUCUUAACUAUGGAACUUAUUUAUGGACAGAAGACAGUUUUAAAGAGGCAUUCAUAUGUACACCACCAAAAUGAAACUGAUAUUGCCUGUUUGCUGGGCGGUGUUGGUACAGAGCUUUCCUUAAGAAAGGAGGAGGGUUCUGAUCCUGGGGAAGAUGCACUGCAUCCGGUCUCUUUAACGGAAUGCAUCUUAAAAACAAGAAAGAAGGCAAGGGGUGACUAUUUUAGACUGUGAAAAGUAUAUUCUAUUAACAUAUUAGUAUGGGUGGCUCACUCAGGUGUCCAACUCUUGAUUUUGGUGCAGGUCAUAAUCUCAUGGUUGUGAGAUCGAGCCCUGCUCUGGGCUCUGUGCUGGGUGUGCUUGAGAUCCUCUUACUCCCUCCACUACCCCUCCCCCCAUAAACACAUAAAUAAAAUCUUUCAAAAACA